GCACACAGAGAAGAAGCCACACACACACACAAGUCAGUGAGAGGAGAGAGGAACGAGAGAAGAGGGAGACGGACACAUUCAACUCAAAGGGAGAAGACACUGUGAGAGCGGACAGGUGAACUCAUCCACCCCUUCAUCCAGCUUCCCAGGAGGAAAAAGGAACAAGCUCAAGGACACCCAGGACUCGGUUGCUGCAAAGGGGAGGGUAAAACAUUUUGUCGGGGUCAAGACAGUGCAACCUGCAGAGGGACUAUCAAAACUUCUCCGCUGGGGGCUCUGCAUAUCCUCACCAAGGCACUAUGUCUGGCAAAAUGUCGAUGACAGAUCUGUUGAAAGCUGAGGAGAUCAAGAAAGCUCUUGAAGCCUUUGCAGGAGAAACAUUCGACCCUAAAAAGUUCUUUGAAAUGGUGGGAAUGAGGGCCAUGUCAGCUGAAAACGUCAAGAAGGUCUUCAAGGUUCUGGAUGUGGACGGUAGCGGCUUCAUAGAGGAGGAGGAGCUCAAGUUUGUACUGAAGGGCUUUUCCGCAGAGGGCAGAGAUCUGACUGACUCUGAGACAUCAGCAUUCCUCAAAGCCGCAGACAAAGAUGGCGACGGCAAGAUCGGCAUUGAUGAGUUUGAGGCCUUGGUGCAUGAGUAGGGGAUAGCUGAACACCCCCCUUUUUCUUCCUCCUCCUCUUCGUCCCUGCAUUCAUGUUUUGUACCUGCCACCUUCAAACUCCUCUCACCUUCGUCGGGACCCCACACAUGGAGUCAGACCAGGCCUGCUCUCUACAAAACCCUGCAGAAGCAGGCCACCAGGGAGUUAUCUUGAGGAGAAACAUAAAGGCAUAGCGAGAACCAGUUUCAUUUUUUUCAUUUUUAUAUAUAUUUAAUCGCACAUGCUGUAUGGGUUUCUGAAUCAUUCUUAAUGAUUUCAUGAAGAUAGUUUGUGGUCUCAAAACAGAUGGUGGUACUUUAGUGCUGUAGAUGGUGUAGAUGUUAUGAAGACUUCUUAAAUCUUAAUUUCCUUCCUUUGUGUAUUUCAGGUUGUGCAUUUUGUCCGAUUGGUUUUACUUCUAGAUGUUCACAUCUCAGUGCACUUUCCUCCCACUCCUUUUCCUCAUCCACCUUCCUUCACCUCACCUCCUCUCCUCUCUCCCCUCCUCCUCCACACUCCCUGCCUCCGAUCAGAUGAUGUA